GUGUAGAGGAAGACAAGCCCGCUGUCUUUCCACAUUCUGCGGCUUUUUCGGUCCGGUGUCGGUUGGGGGAAAGACCAGACCGAAAUCUUUCCUACGUUUGGAGUUCGCUGAGCUUUAACUCCGGGUGACCAGGCAUCUGCUGACAUGUUAACACAGAGCUUUAACUAAAGAUCUGCUGGCUCUGAUUCAUGACAGAACGCACCAGUCAUGGAGUUCAACAAAUUGGUGACCUUGUGGAUAUUUUGCUUGUGUCUCGUUGGAGAAAGUUGGACUGAAAAACCAAAUUCACCUACACUGGACAGUCAGCUUGUUGAAAAUGCGGUGUCAGAUUUUUGUCGCAUUGAUAAGCCGCUGUGCAAGGAUGACAAUGCAAUUCUCAGCUACGAGGCUAUCCGUAGUAUCCACAAGCAGAUGGAUGAUGACGCAAACGGCAAUGUAGACGUGGCAGAGACAGACGGCUUCCUGAGAGAAGAUCUAAACUACCAUGACCCCAAGGCCAAGCAUAACACCUUCCACGGGGAUGACCAGUUCAUCAGUGUGGAGGACUUGUGGAAGGCAUGGAAGAGCUCUGAAGUGUAUAAUUGGACAUUGGAUGAGGUGGUGGAAUGGCUCAUCACUUAUGUGGAACUGCCACAAUAUGUGGAUACCUUUCGCAAGAUGAAUUUCAAUGGAAGUGUCAUGCCAAGGCUCGCCGUAAAGAACACUUCUCUGACACUCUCUAUUCUGAAGAUUCUGGAUCGCAGCCAUGUGCAAAAGUUGCAGCUCAAAUCUUUGGACACUGUACUGUUUGGAGCUCCUCUGAUGAAUAGACAUAGCCACUUGAAGGACUUCAUGCUGGUAGUGUCAAUAGUCAUUGGCAUGGGUGGCUGCUGGUUUGCCUUCAUCCAGAACCGCUAUUCCAAGGACCACAUGAAGAAGAUGAUGAAAGACCUGGACGGCCUGCAGAGAGCUGAACAGAGUCUGCAUGACCUACAACAGAAGCUGCAGAUCGCCCAGGAGGAGCACCGUACAGUAGAAGUGGAAAAGGUGAACCUGGAGCAGAAGAUGAGGGAUGAGAUCCACGCAGCCAAGCAGGAGGCCCAACGUCUGAGGGAGCUGCGUGAGGGCACAGUGAAUGAACUGAGUCGCCAAAAGUACGCAGAGGAAGAGCUAGAUCAGGUGCGCAUGGCCUUGAAGAAAGCAGAGAAGGAGUUGGAGUCACGGAGUAGCUGGUCACCACCAGAGUCUCUCCAGAAGUGGCUGCAGCUCACCCAUGAGGUGGAAGUGCAGUACUACAACAUCAAGAAGCAAAAUGCUGAACGGCAGCUCCUGUUGGCCAAAGAAGGGGCAGAGAAGAUAAAGAAAAAGAGGAACACUCUCUUUGGAACGUUCCAUGUGGCUCAUAGCUCCUCUCUGGAUGAUGUGGACCACAAAAUACUGGCAGCGAAACAAGCCCUGGGCGAGGUGACUGCUGCUCUGCGGGAGAGGCUUCAUCGUUGGCAGCAGAUCGAGAUCCUGACAGGUUUUACCAUCGUCAACAACCCAGGCCUUCCUUCUCUGGCCUCAUCCCUCAACCUUGACGGCAGCCUCGCAGGCGGCAGAGCUACACCUCAGCACUUCAUCAUGUCUGACGACAUGGACGACAUGGACGAGGAUAUCAUGCCUGGAACUCUGCAAUCUCCCAGUAUGAUGUCUCUGCGCCAACGCCACAUUGAUGCCCAGCUCGCCAUGGGCUCCCAGAGGUUGGUAGAGAAUUGCCUGUUGGCGGGACAGCAGGGAGAGGGAGCCCUAUAUCCAUCCAGGUCUAGGGCUGCCCUCAUACAGUCCCGCAGCCAGUCGUUUGGGCAGCUGGAUUGUGUCCCUCUGCCUCCUCUUUCUUCGGCUGUGUCUCACCCCUCCAUCAUCUGUACCUCCAACCUAAAUCCUCAUUCCCAGUCCUCCUCUUCCUACUGUUUACCCAGCUCUGUGGGCGGUGUUGCAGCGCCUCAUUCCUCCCAUAUAUAUCAUGCUUCUUUCCAGCCCAUGGACUCCAUUCCUGAUUUCACAUUCUCAGAUGUCUCCAAAGCACACCCUUCGUGCUGCGACGGCUUCGGGGAACUAAACCGCUCUGACUCCGACUCCUCCCUGUCCCUCUCCCAAGUUGGUGAUCGGCUAUCUGCUUACAGCUCCAAAGGCCACCUUAUCAAGCCCGUCUCUCUCAUGCACGGUCUGUCCGGUCGUGCAGAUGACAUCGGCUCUCUUCAUGCUUACACACCCAACGGAGGAAACCGCAUUCAUGAGGUCAGUCCUGUAGAGCCUGUCCAUGACAGCCCCAUACUCAUGAAGAAGAUGUACGGCAUGGAGCAGACUCCCAGCCUGGGAGAGAUCAACAGUCUGUCUGAGUCAUCCCGCUCCCUCAGCCCCAACUCCACUGAACCUGACACGCCAUCACCUACAGGAGGGCAACCGGGGGCCGUGGGGGCGAAGGUCAACAGCCGCAUCCCGCAGCUGUCCUCCAAGAAGAGCCCACUGGAGGAGGACAGUGGCUCUACGGGAGAAGACACAGAUUCCACUGCCAGCCGCAAGAAACACACCUUCAAGAUCUUCAAGAAACAGAGGAAAUAAGGGCUACAUGAACUACAGGGCUAACAAAGCUGUUUGACUGUAUUCCUCUGGUCUGUUUUUGAAAAAAGGUUUCAAAGUUUUAUGGGUUUAUUAAUGGUCAAAUGAUGGCACAAUUUGUUGCCGGUGCAUCUUUUUGUAGGUACGGCACCUACUCAAAGAAACUGUGGGAGCAACCAGCUGUUCAGUUUUAUCUGCUUAUUCGGUCAAUGUGGAAUAUGUGGGGAAUGGGUAAGUUUGUAUAUUGGAAUGUAAAGUAUUAUUUAUUCUGCAGGAAGUUGUGCUGGUCUCAAAGGCAAAUGUGUCUCCCAAGUUGGUUUUUCUUUCUUGUUCUACAAUCUAUAACAUUUUGCAUGUCUUCACUUUUGUUUGACUGAUACUUGAAUGCUCUUAGUGUUUGCUUGGUUAUGUCGUUAACCUGCUUAGACAACACUUGAUGUUUCUUUUAUUACUACCUACUCACCUAGCCUACAAAUUCAAAGUGAAUACGCACUCUUUUUUUACUUUGUUUUUCUUCAUGGUUGCACUUUGUUCUGUCUCUUGUCUUGGCAGAGAAAAUGACAACCAGGAGAUCCUCGGACAGAGUAUAGAAGUUGAACGCUCGGACUGGUAUAUUAGUGACGCUACACAUUUGACAGCCAAGUGAAAUUUGAGUGCACAGCAAUAGUAGCUACAAAGUGGGAUUUAGAAAGAAUAUAGAUUAAAAAGGCUUAAUAAUAAUUUUCACCCUUAGAUAUCAUCCGAGAGCACCUGGAUGACUUCACGUUGUAUAGAAAAGAUGUAAAUCUCCCUAUAAUAAGUUACAAAAGGACCAUCAAAUUGCAGAUUUAGACCUUUUUGCUUUAUUUUUUAGUAUUUAGGUGUUGAGCGUGUGUGAGAGAGAGAGAUGUGCUUGGCUUAAAUUUCCAGCUUUUAAACAAUGCCAACAUGUUUAACCACUGAUUAAUAUUUGGUUUGAACGCGUAUCCUUACCGGAGCAGGAAGUGAUGGAUCAAUUGUUUGAAUUUCCUGCCUAAAAUGUCCAGCUUGGAUUAUUAUUAUUAUUAUUAUUAUUAUUAUUAUUAUUAUUAUUAUUAUUAUUAUUAUUAGUAUUAGGCAGACGUCUUACCAAAAAUAAAAUUACCAAUGAGACUACGUGAGGAUUAACUUUUAUCUGACUUUGUAUGGAAUUUGAAAAGUAGGAUACAAGUUUUGAGAGUGUACAGUAUAUACCAUCACAAACAACAUAUUUAUCAAAGAUUUUAACGCAAAGAAAAUCGAAGCACAUUUUUUUUUUAUUCAACUAUUUAAAAAAAAAAAUUGUCUUUGUGAAGAUGUGGUGUGAGUUUAACUUUGAUUUUGGCUACUGCUGUCCUCUGUGUUACUGUUUUUUCUUUUAGUGACUAUUUAGGCGGACAAUGAAAACUUCACAGCAGUUUUUGGGUGUAAGAUUGGUGCUGGUAAGGGCUAUAGUUUCAUGGCAAAAAUAAAUGUUCAAAGUUGUAAACUAUUUGUAAUCCACCUUUAUUAAAGAUUUAGCUCAACAAGUCUCAUCAAAGGGCCAAAUCACUAUUUCUGUCAGAGGCCUUUGUUUAUGUACUGUGGUUGGCCCUGUGAGCCCCUUUUACACUAAACACACCACCACAUGAGAUAAAUAGAUAUUAACAGUCUGUAAUGUAUAUCCUGAGUUUAAAAGCUGAAUGUCCAAGGGUAUUGUUUCUGUAACAGUAUCGGUACAAUAUGUUUACAUUUGUUCCAGCUAAUUACUACUCUCAGAAUACCACAACAAAGAACAUUGUGCCCGUUUUAAUAUUGACUGCUUCAUAUGAGCACAGAACUAUGCAUCAGUAGUUGUAGGUCAUUACUAAAGUAGAAAGGGCGCCAGUACACUUAGGGUGUUCCUGACCAAUGAACAACCAAAAAGUGCUGCAAAAGACAGUCUGCUCCCCCAGCCUCAUAAUGUAACAGGUGGUUUGGAUGUACAAGACUUGUUUUAAUACUUUUAUUUUAGAAACCAGCUAAAAAAAAACAAUACAAUUUCCUACUGGUACUUUUUUUAAAGUGUCAUUUGUACCUCUUUUGCACGACAGAGCUGUAAAUGUUUUAUGGCAUCUCUGUGUGUGUGUCUGUCCGUCUGCUCCCAGUAUAAUGCACUGUAAUGUUGAUGCAUGUCAACUGCUAUAACUAAACCUAUAUUGGGUUAAAAGAGUUAAUCAGCUUAAGCUCUUUACUCACCACCCUACUUUUUCCUUUCUUUCUCUUCAUUUUGAGCUUCUAUUUAUGUAUACACAGUAUAUUUGUACAGAGAAAAUGAUAAUUUUGCAUCUUCUGUGAUGGUCUAGACUUUUAUGGCACUCCUGCAUGAUGGCAAUAAACUAUUUUGAAUGAAAAAA